AUGAUUAAAACCAAAGGUAGAUCUCGAGUUCGACAAUAUCUUAACCCUACUGCUACUCCAUUAACUCCUGAAGCAAUCAAAAAAAUAAGGGAUGCUCAUGCAAAACAGAUACCAAAUAGAAAACGCAUUAUGUGUGCUAAUUAUAAAAUUGGUAGUGAAAGAUAUGAUGAUAUUGUAAAUGGCCGGAUAUAUCCUCAACCACCUGAAAUAGAAAUAACAUCUAUGAAUUCAUCUAUCUCAAUACCUCAACCAGAAAUCUUGCCCAUACAUAGCUUAUCAAGUGCCAGAAAUCCUGAGCAAGUAAUUUCUUUGAGCAAACCAGCGACAAAAAAGACUAGCAGAAAAAAGAAAGUCUCACAAAAUGAGGAACUUCUUAGUUCUAAUAUUGAUAAGACAAACUCUGGUGUGGAAUUAUCUAAAGGUGGAGAUCGAUCAGAAUCAAAAACUAUAAAUUAUUCUAUCUCAUCAAUACCAGGGAGUGAUGUGCAAGCUAGAAUGGAAAAUUUACGAGAAUAUAAAAAACAGCUUCAAGCUGAAUCUUGA